AGAGGAGAAGCCGCCACUGCUCCCCUCAACCCGGGAGGGGGGUCCCACUGAUUGGGCCUCAGGCUCUGGGGUCUCAGGGGUGAUGAUGAGGCGGGGCACAGGGCACAGAGGGCUACACUUCAGGUCAGAGUACAGGUGAGUCACCAAUUCCCCAGGUUCUGGUUCCUCUAAUGGGCCAUCCUCAGGCUCUCCCAAGAGGCAGUCUGUCCCAGGUGCUGUCUGGGAACCAUCAGUGCUAGGUUGUGUCCAGGAGCCAUCAGUAUCCUGUUGUGUUUGGAAACCACCAGUGCCAGGCUGUUUCCUGGCUGUUUCAGUAUCCUGUUUUUUCUGGGAGCCAUCAGUGUACGGCUCUGUCCAGGGACCUUCAAUAUCCUGUUGUGUCCUGGAGUCAUCAGUGUACAAUUCUCUCCAGGAGCCAUCAGCACUUGGCUCUUUUGAGGGACAGGCUCCUUCUGGGUGAGUCUGGAGGUUGGAACUGUUCUGGUGGGUCCAGAGGUUAUCAGCCCAGGACUUGACCCUCUCUGGCUGAGUCUGUGACCCAUGUGUUUCCAGCUCUGUCCAGGGCCUAUCAAUCCCUGGCUGUGUCCAGGGGCUGGCCUCCUCGGGCUGAAACUGGAGGUCGGACCUGCGCGGAUCAGUCCAAAGGCCAUCUGUCCCGGCCUCCGUCCAAGGACAGGUCGUCUCCAGCUCUGACCAGCUCCUUUCUGGAUGCGUCUGGAGGCUGGACCUGUCUGGCUCCGUCUUUUGCUUGGGCCUCUCGGUCUCUACUCCAAGGCCAGCUGCCGAGGGCUCAGUCUGUCCGUCUGUCCAGAAUUCUGUCUGCGAACUCUCUGUCCCGGGCGCAGGCCCGAGGCCGGCCCUCUCAGGCUCGCUGUGAAGGCUGGACCCCUCAGUCCGGGCCCAGGGCCCGCCCCCCUCCGGCCGCCCCGCCGGGGCCCCUGCGCCGGGCCCAGGUCGCUGCUGUCCCGGCUGCCGCCGCCGCCCUCCUCGCGGCGCCUCUAGUCCCAUGCGGGCCGCCACGGGCAGCGCCCCAGCCUCCGCCUCGCUCAGGCUCCCACGGCACGGGCAGCGCCUCAUGCCCGCUCCUUCGGUUCGGGCUUCGGCCGACCCGGCCACUCCUAUCCCUUUAAAUCCCGCGAGGGGUGUGGCUGGGGAGCCCCGACUCUCGGGUUCCGGCCCGCGGAGCUCCAGCCCGCCCCGCUGCGUAAGGGUUAACCGAUACUCCCCUUACAGGGGAAAGCCCCGAAGCCCCGCCCCACCGGACGUGGCGCAAUGGAACGAGACGGAGCCUCGUCUGACGCCGCCUCCCAAGAGGAGGGGGUUUGCCUCUGAGCGUCCGAAGCGCGACCAGGCAAUGUGGCUGAAGGUGGGGGGCCUACUUCGGGGGACCGGUGGACAGCUGGGCCAGACUGUUGGUCGGCCUUGUGGGGCCCUGGGGCCUGGGCCCCACCACUGGGGGCCAUGUGGAGGUUCUUGGGCCCAAAAGUUUUACCAGGGUGGGCCUGGGAGAGGCCUGGGUGAGGAGGACAUUCGCAGGGCACGGGAGGCCCGUCCCAGGAAGACACCCCGGCUCCAGCUGAGUGACCGCUCUCGAGAACGCAAGGUGCCUGCCUCCCGCAUCAGCCGCUUGGCCAACUUUGGGGGACUGGCUGUGGGCUUGGGGCUGGGAGCGCUGGCCGAGAUGGCUAAGAAGUCCCUGCCAGGAGGUCAUCUGCAAUCAGAGGGUGGUUCUGGGCCGGACUCCAGCCCCUUCCUGUCGGAGGCCAAUGCCGAGCGGAUCGUGCAGACCUUAUGUACAGUUCGAGGGGCUGCCCUCAAGGUUGGCCAGAUGCUCAGCAUCCAGGACAACAGCUUCAUCAGCCCUCAGCUGCAGCGCAUCUUCGAGCGGGUCCGCCAGAGCGCCGACUUCAUGCCCCGCUGGCAGAUGCUGAGAGUUCUUGAAGAGGAGCUUGGCAGGGACUGGCAGGCCAAGGUGGCCUUCUUGGAGGAGGUGCCCUUUGCUGCUGCCUCAAUUGGGCAGGUGCACCAGGGCCUGCUGAAGGACGGGACGGAGGUGGCCGUGAAGAUCCAGUACCCCGGCGUAGCCCAGAGCAUUCAGAGCGAUGUCCAGAACCUUCUGGCGGUACUCAAGAUGAGCACAGCCCUGCCCGCGGGCCUAUUUGCCGAGCAGAGCCUGCAGGCCUUGCAGCAGGAGCUGGCUUGGGAGUGUGACUACCGUCGUGAGGCAGCUUGUGCCCAGAAUUUCAGGCAGCUGCUGGCAAAUGACCCCUUCUUCCGGGUGCCAGCUGUGGUUAAGGAGUUGUGCACGACACGGGUACUGGGCAUGGAGCUGGCCGGAGGAGUCCCCCUGGACCAGUGCCAGGGCCUGAGCCAGGACCUGCGGAACCAGAUUUGCUUCCAGCUCCUGACGCUGUGUCUGCGGGAGCUGUUUGAGUUCCGAUUCAUGCAGACGGACCCCAACUGGGCCAACUUCCUGUAUGACGCCUCCAGCCACCAGGUGACCCUGCUGGACUUUGGUGCAAGCCGGGAGUUUGAGACAGAGUUCACAGACCAUUACAUCGAGGUGGUGAAGGCUGCAGCUGACGGAGACAGAGACCGUGUCCUACAGAAGUCCAGGGACCUCAAAUUCCUCACAGGCUUUGAAACCAAGGCAUUCUCCGACGCCCAUGUGGAAGCAGUGAUGAUCCUGGGGGAGCCCUUCGCCACCCAGGGCCCUUAUGACUUUGGGUCAGGGGAAACUGCCCGCCGCAUCCAGGACCUCAUCCCGGUGCUGCUGCGGCACCGGCUGCGCCCCCCACCCGAGGAGACCUAUGCCCUGCACCGCAAGCUGGCAGGGGCUUUCCUGGCCUGUGCCCGCCUCCAGGCCCACAUCGCCUGCAGGGACCUCUUCCAGGACACCUACCACCGCUACUGGGCCAGUCGCCAGCCAGAUGCAGCCACUGCCGGCAGCCUCCCCACCAAAGGAGACUCCUGGGCGGAUCCCUCAUGACAGCCUCCAUGGGGGAUUCAGUCCCCAAAGCAGGCCAUACCCUGCUGUAGUGCCUCUUAGCCCUUCCCCAUCUGCCCUGGGUCAGGGGAGCCCCCUGGGCUGCCCAGUCUUGCCUAGCUCUCCUCCUUGGCCCGGGAGCUCAGGAUCCCUGGGGCUGGGGAACUCCCAACUUCGUGCCCUAGAUCCUGCACCUCCCCACUCCAAAGUGGGCAUCCGGGAACUCUAAGCCAGGGAAGCAGUUAACUUAUCUGUGCCAACAUUUGAGGGAGCCUUGGGCCCCUGCAUGUCGUUUUCAGAUCCGGACUCAUCACGGGGAGCCCUCACCUCUGCCUCAAGUCUCCCGUGGAAGGUGAGAUGGUGGUCCUGGAGGCAGUCCUCACCUCUGCCUCCCUGGCUCCUCCAACAGCUCCCUUCUCCCGGGUUCCAGCCUCUCAGUGUGUUGGAGAGGUAGGGGUGCGGGGGGAGGGGGGAGCUGAACCUUCAAUCGGAAUAAAAGCAACCCUCCCCUUC